AUGCGGGCAUCUACUUGGAGCUGCGUCGACCCUUGUUCUCAUCGAACAGGCUUGCUAAAGGCCCGUGUGCAGUCGCAGGACAUUGGCGGCGCGCAUGGCCUUGGGCGACGACAUGCCAAGCUCGCACACUCCGUUCUGAUGGCAGCGGCCCUGCGAGGGCACUGGAUCCGAAGGCUCAAAAGGCCGCAGCGGGUUUGGCGAUGCAGCAUCAAAGAUGGCAGCGUCAACGGGCCCAGCAGUGAAGAUCCCCUUGAGCAGACGCAGCCAAAGAAACCGCAAGAAGAGCAAGCCUAUUUUUCGGUGGUGCAGUACAUGAUCAACAAGGGGAAAGAUGCUGGCAGGUUGCCGCUCAGCGACUUCGAAGAGUUUUGCACGCAGGAAAAUAAAUCCCCCGACCAAGUUCUUAACACUUUGAGAUUCCUUUCCAAGGAGGGCGAGCAGGAUGACUUCCAGACGGUGAGCAUUACAAACGUGGAAGAGUUCGUAGUUUUUUGUAUAGUGUGCCAUUUGCAGCAGCUCGAGACGGGCCGGAUGGACUGCGGUAUGCUUGGAGUAUUUCUGAAAGAACUUUUGCGUCCAGCUCCAAAACUACAGAAAUAUGGCAAGUUGACGGCGCUGGUGCGUUCGCAUCCUGACAAACUGUGUCUUUGGGGGGCUGACGGGGCUCGCUUCGUCAGUUUGCGCAAUGGCCCGUGCCCCAGCUUACCUACAUUGGAUCAUGAGGCCCAGUCUGAUGAUCAGUUUCAAUCUGGUGAGCAGGACAUAGAUUUAGAAGAAGAAGAAGAAGAAGAAGAAGAAGAAGAAACAAUCAACCGAAGCUCAGAGGAACAAUCGCCGCGCACGUUGCUGUUCGAGCUGGCAAACAGAUAUUUGACGCGAAGACUUGGUGGCUACAAGGGAGCCUUGGGUACAGAGUCCUGCGAACAGGAUGCGAAUGUCCUGGCCCAGCGAUUCAGUAGAUCCGUGCAGGAUCAUGGAAUCUUGAUGCCAGAUGUGGUUCUGACUGAAAUCGACCAUGCUUGCAGCAUGCGGAAGAUCUCUGAGGAUCAGCUUUUCAAGGACCGCUUUGUUGGCAAGAUGCUUGCUGGAUAUGUUAAAACCCUUUUGCUGGUGGAAACUGCCAUCAGAACAAGUCUUGCAAGCCAGCCUGUCCUGACAAUGCAUGAUUUGGAGAUGAGUGUGCUGAGCCAUCCAAUGUUCAGAAAGACAAAACGAUUGGAAGAUGUUUCCAUUGGAAAGCUGCAGUUCCACCCUCUGGUGCAAAAGGCCUUUGGGUUCGAGCAAUUGGAGGUCAUCCCGGAGGAUUUCCCACGACUUAGCUCUUCAGAACUUAUCGUCAAACUGUUCUCCGAACCAAUUGUGGCGCCAAUGCUUGGCUCGGGAAGCCGGUUGUCCAUGAAAAGGUCAAGGUCACUGGUGGAUAGUUUGAUGAAACUCGCGGCUGAGUAUGGCUUCAGUCACUGGAAUCAACUAGGUAUUGCCAUCCAAGAAGGUUCCUUCUUAACGCAGCUGAUUCCCAUGCGACGUGCUGAAAGGGGCCAGAGCUUUGCCCUGUGGAGAGGUGGCGGCAACCGCUUGAUUCGAGUCCUAGCGCAGUGGAUAGCGUUGAGUCACGCCAAGGACCACGAAGAUUUUCUUGUUGAGCUUGCGAAGCUCGCCACGCAUGAGAACCGGCAGGCGUUUGUUGCAAGCCUUUCCAAAUCAAGAGCAGACCCGCGUGCAUCGCGGCAAGAAGACGCAGCAGCAACAACUUCUGUGUUUGUGUCAAUGUAUGCGCGGGAGAUCUUCCGAGAGCUCUUGCAAAUCGCUCCACAAAAGGAGGAUGUUGGAGAUACGGGAGGCGAUAUGGAGAACAAAUUAAUUGAUGCUGCUGAAUUUACGGAGGAGGCUUCCAACUGCCAAGCCGCUGAUGCCUCAGCAGGAUUUGGGACUGAUAAAGAGAUUGAACGCAUCACAGAUGCUGCGUUGGAAGAUGCGAUCCGUCCUGCUGACCGAAAACGAGACGACAAAAGACUGUGGGAACCCUCUGAUGGAGAGGACACACUUCGACUCCACCGUGCAGCCGCGUCUGCAGGAUAUUUUCGGCCUCCACUACAGGAAACUGCCACCGGGCAGGAUAGAACUGAUCUCGUUGACGAGGCGGUGGAAGCAGUGCUACAGGCGCCAGUGCUGUUGGAUCUGGCAGAAGCGUUGGAAGAAUGGGACGUGGCAUAUGGGGCUUUGGGCAUGGGUCUGUCAGAGUUUUUGAGGUCUCGGGAGUGUACCUUGGCUUUGCGGCAGAAGUUGAAGGAUGGAUGCUUGAUGGAGCUGAACCAUGGGACGUUUGUUCGCUUGCCCGUGCCAGAGGAAUGUGAGAGUAGUAACAUGGCAACUGCCAUGAAGGCAGGUGAUGGGCGCGCCCUUGCUGGGAUUGUGGUUGCUCGUUUGGUCCGGGAACAGGCUAGAGCACCAGUUGAACUAAUGACAGAAACGAUCACAGAUGGUUACGUCUUCAUCUCAAACCCGGAGGAUUUUGUACUGCAGGCAGUUGCGGCUUUGCCGCGACAGGUGGUCAAAGUGGCCAAACUGGUACUUGACAUCAUUGCGUCAGGGUAUUUAUGCUUGGAACGUUCGCGCAUGGCACUGGUAGGUACAGCCUUUAGCCCAGAGAACUCAUGUUGCCUUGACGCCCAGAUGGCUUUGAAGCGCUUAGGGCAUCAUUUUGGAAUCGAUGAAUGGAAAGAACGCUCUUGGCAAUCUGUCAAGACUACUGCCAUUGCAGCAACGGGCCCUGCACUACAUUUGACAGAUUUCGAGGAAGCUAUCCCAGAAGAUGCCUUCAAGGACGGCGGGAAGAAGGAAGACCAAAAGGAAGUCAUUGCAGUUGCUUCCUUUCCAAAAGUGGCCGGGGACUUGAAAACCAACGAGGACCGCUGUCAGAUGCUGUCAGUGUGGUGCAGCUCGGGAAAGCACCCUUGCUUGGUGUUCUCCGCAAGGAGCUUUGCUGGCGAAUUGAAAGUGGACUACAAUGAUGUGGACUUAGCCAAGCGUGUUUGGGUGAAGGAGCCCGAAGAUGAGGGCAUUCGCGCAUUGCAAUCCACGGUGCAGGGUGCUGUGAAGCGAUUGUCAGAGGAUUUGUACAGUGGCGAGGCUCACUUCUUGUUGGAGUUGCUGCAGAACGUUGAUGACUGUCAGUAUCCUGAAGGUGAGAAGCCGACUCUGCGGCUGACCUACGAAAGCAGGAAAGAUCACUUUGCAGACUUCACCAGCUUCAAAACUUCAUCCAGGGUGGAUGGGCUGCUGGUGGUAGAACACAAUGAAGCUGGCUUCCAGGAGAACAACGUGGUGGCGAUUUGUGACAUUGACAAAUCUACCAAAAAAGCGCGCGAGAAACGCUUCAUUGGUGCAAAAGGCAUUGGCUUCAAAUCAGUAUUCUUGGUGACUGCUACUCCGGUGAUCCAUUCUGGUCGAUUUCAUUUUCACUUUGAUGCCGAUGCCCUGAACGGCUUGGGAUCUUUGUUGCCUUUUCCUUUGACUCCAGUGACUCCAGUAUCGAGACAAACUGGCACUCAAUUGGUCCUCCCAUUGAGCAGUUCCGAAGGACCGCUAAAGAAGCGCGGUCUACGAGCUAGUGAUGUUGCUACCAGAGCUUUGCAAGAUAUGCGACCAACUCUUCUCCUUUUCCUUCAAAAACUGGAAUGUGUGCAGGCUAUUGACAAAAACAGCGGGAGAACCCGAACCAUGACAAAAGAGGUGCUUGAAGCCGAAGUUGGUGAAGCCUCUUGCCAGGAGAUCAAGCUGAAAUCGGAGGAGCUUUCAGAUGUGCAAGAAGUGAUGGAAGAGCGCUGGUUGGUCUACACAAAGCCAGUGCAGCUUGAAGGUGAAGCAAUCACAGAACUGAAGCUGGCCUUCCGACUAGAGAAGCCUGCAGGUGUGGAGCAAGCCUACGCCUGGUUGCCGCUGCGAUCCUAUGGGUUGCGCUUUCUGAUCCAAGCAGAUUGGAGGGUCCCGUCCUCCCGGGAAGCCAUUACAGAGGCAGUUUUCAACCAGAAAAUCCGGGAUCAGGUGCCAAACGCCUAUGGAGAAGCGGCCAAGAUCUUUGCCGCAGCUGCCCUGAAGGCCGCUGGAUUGGAAGAUGCCAAUGCAGCAGGAACUGCUUGGAGUCAACUUGAAGAUUGCAUUGAAGCUGCUCGUGACGCACUGGUUCCUCUCUAUACCUCGAUACCGCGACAAGGCGAUGCUACAGACUUUUUCCAAGAGACGGAUGGAAAGAUCCUCCGGGCGGUGAUGGAUGUUGCUGUUGUUCUGGUACGAGUUCCAUGUCCAGGAGCCAAGGAGGGUUCUCAUCUUGGGAGCGACCUUGAGGAUGAGGAUUUGAGCGAGCAGGAGACCCGAUGGCGAUUGGAAUUGGUCACCCCGAGACGUGCUGUGCGUGCAGAACUUCCAGAAGGAGUUCCAGCUAGCUUGUCACAUCUCCAGCAACCCAUUGACAUUUUGCUGGCGCAGGCUGAUCGCUAUGUGGAAGUCGGUGGCAUGCCAGCCCGUGCUGCUGAAGGACUUAGAGUUCCUGUCCUGGACGCAGACAUUGCCCUGGAUUGCUUGAAGGCAAUGGGACGGUUGCACACGCAGAAAGUUGCCGACCAGGGAAGUGCCAGCCUCACUGAUGAAGACAUCGAGGUGUUGCAGCUUUUGCUGUUGAUCGUAGCUAUGGCAGCUACGAAGAAGCGACAAUUGACUGAAGACGUGCGCAAUUUGCAGAUCGUUCCGACAGAUGGUGGCAAGCUGGUGUGUUUGACCGCUGAAGAGGCCAGAGGUUUCAAAGUCUAUGACGUGCCGCCUGACAUGGUGGGCAUCGAAGCCUUGUUGGGUGCUGCUGGGCAGCGCCUCGACCCUCGCUUGUCUCAAAAAGCUCGACCAGAGGUUCGAGAAUUCCUGGUGCAACUGGGAGUUGAACAAGUUGAUGGCUCGGCCUUCUUUGCGAACGUGCUCCUGCCUGUGCUGACCCAGAGUGAAGCGAGUGAAGCAGAGAAGCUGGUCUUAGCAACAAGGCAGUUCAAACAUUUGCUUGGCAUUUGCGACCAAGACAGGAAGGACUCCCUCAUUGAAACGCUGAGAGCGAGUGACGCAGGAUGGUGGGUGUUGGCUUCCGCUGGCGCAUCCGAGUGCAAGGCUGUGAAGGUGGGUGGAAAAACUCGCACAGGGCUCCAUGUGAGUCCACUUCCUGGCAAACUUGUAGACAAAGUGGUCGGAGUUGAUUGGUUGGCUCCAUCCUCUGCAUAUUGCGAAGAGGCGGCGGAGAGCAAAGAGGCGUCAUCCUGGGAAGCAUUUUGGAUGCUUCUUGGAGCUGCUCCGGUGUUUCAAGUGGAAGAGCUCCAAGAAGACUUUUGCAGUGAGGAGCUGGUGAGGUUGCUAGCUGCCUCAAGCACUCCAGAUCUUGCAAGGGAGGUGGUGGCACUUUUGGCGCCGCAUGGUGAAUACUAUUCGCAGUUCCUCUGGAAACCUGGAAGCCAGAAUGAACCAUCUGAAAUUGCACAGCUCCUUUGCAAGCAACCCUGGCUUCCGACCACAAGAGGAGAAGUUGUACCUAUGAAUCUUGCUUGGCUUCCGGAGAAGCAUGAGAAGGUGGAAGAAAGGUUCAACUUUGAUGCCUCUGUCUCUCCAUUCGCGCAGGCGUGGCCCGCUUUGGGUAUUGAAACUUCUCCUUCACCAUCGACUUUGAUUGCCAUUGUGGAGCACCUGCGCUCGCAGGAACAUCUACAACUCACGAUUGCAGAGUUGGCCUCGCUAUACGGCAGAAUGGGUAGACAGGACCCUGAAGCAGAUCAAGGUGGUGCAACACUUGUGGCGGGAAGUCUUAUGGACAAGAUCUUUGGACGGACAAGCCUGGAACGAUUUCUUGAAGAGGAGAAAUGGGUAUUUGUACCGAAUCACCCCAGGCCCCAUAAGGAUUUCGACACAUGGUUCAACAAGUGCCCGAAGAUGCAACACAGCGGGAAUUUCUAUGACGUCAAGCAGCUGGUCUUUUGCGACAGAGCCGAGUGCCUGGACGGCUUCGCGGGAAGAGCAAGCGAUGACAUGAUUGACUUGAUGAGACAGAUGUUAUCACGGAUUGCCCUGCGUGUGAAGAACGAGAUUGAAGAGGAGCAACAUCGACGGGAGGAAGAUGCAAAUGAUUGGAAUGAAAAUCCUCAGGACAGUUCGAAGACCAACUGUGGCUGCAACUGCGAUACUUUGUGUGGUGAGUUCUUCUGGUUUGAAAAUGAACUACAAGCAUGGCACGGAGGCUGCAACCCGCCACCUGUCUAG